UGUGCGAUAGUGAAAUAUGUCUGUAAAUAGUGUCAAUUAAUAAAAAAUCUGAAAUCUGAAAAAAUCUGAACCCUCCACGUCGUGUCUUAUUGCGCAUAUGCAGACUCUACCUGUUUUAUUAACUACCUUAAUCUUAACUUUAGAAAUGUAGGGACGUAUUUGUGACCGCUUUUCCCGGGAUCCAGUCUUGUUCCGAUUACAGCAAUAACCUCCUCGCGGAUAACCAAUUUAAUGUAGAGGAAAAGAACAAAAUAAAGCAGGAGGUGGACAGCCUUGGACAGGAAUUCCAAAUUCUACAAAACGACAUCAACGACCAGCAAGACAGACUUCAAGGACGUUUGAAGACAAUGGACCAUGAAACGGAAAUUAUGGAAGACUGGCGCGAGAAAUGCACCUUCCUAAAGUCUGAGCUGGAUGCUGCUGAUGAAAUAAUACAAGAAGGGAAGAACGCAAAGAGUCCCGAGGAAAUAGAAAACUGCUAUCUCAAGCUGAAGGUGUAGAUCCGUUUAAUGUGCAAUGUUAAGGGAGCACUCUAAACUUUUUCAGUAGCCACUCAGUUGUGUUCUAUUAGAAAUCUGCGAAUGUGAUUAGUUCUCUCAUCGUUUUCUAUUCGCUGAUAGACAAAAAUCACGCACGUGCUGCUCUUGUAAUGGAAAGUGGUUUUUAAUUUUAGGCUUAAACUUACUCAAAAUUGUAGGUUUUGUGCUGUAAUCCUUUAGAGUGGCUACUAGAACAAUUAGACUACUCGCCCUCGUUUUGUAUGAAUGGUGUUCAACUCGGCUACGCCUUGUUAAUUAUUCGCCCACAGAAAACUCGGGCUAGAAGUCUAAAUGUUGAUUAAAGGAAAAGGGUACCAAAUGAAAACCAUUCGCAAGGAGAGAAUGUGAUGGUAACAUAGCGCAGGCUAUUGAAAACAGAAGAGCUUUUUAUCUUUCAAUCGUUUUUAAAAAACGAUUAAUAUUUGUUAUGGCUCCGUGUUUUCUAAGGUAUACACUUGUCGUUUGGCACACAGUUAAGCCCUGGCAAAAAUAAUUGAUCGAUGUUUGUGUUGUUUUCGAGUUUUUCAAACCGAUCAUAGAGAGUAGUGACGCAAAACCAAAGAAAGGAAGGAAGAAUGUUUCUUGUUUUUUUACUGCGUUGUGUUUUGGAAUCGAUGAAAUGAAAGAGUCGAGUCUUCAAUACUGUCUUGGCAAUCCUUUUGGCAGCAUUUUCCCCUUCCGCACUAAAACACCCCAAAACAUAGAUUCGCAAAGGGAUAUAUCACAACCAUCAUUUGCGCAUGCGCAUAUGACGUGAAUGGCAUUAACGUUUUUGAAAGGCUCUGUUUUUGCUGUGUACAGUAAUAGAUAGGGCUCCGUUUUCAAAUUUCCCUACCCUGGACGGCGUUUUCAAAUGUAUGCGUUUCCCUUGACAACGAUCGUUUUACUGCACGUGGACAGCAAGCAAAACGCAUCGAGAACGGUGCUUUUUUCCUAUGAAAACACAUAAGUGUGGACGGGGCCUUCAUGUAUGAUGAAAAUUGCAGCAACUCAGCACAAAAUGAGACUAGAACUGGAACAUCUUUGGCUCUAGGUUGAAAUGCAUAUGGAAGUUGAUGCCAUUUCUUUGUACUAAGUAAUUCAUUUUAUUUUUUCCUGUUAUUUUUAGGAGCUAACGGCCAGCUUUGAAUACACUGAACCUGAUUUUAAUAAGAUUUUAGAUUACGGCAGAGGUCUGGCAUCAAAGGAGGAUUUUAGUAAUGAUAAUCGAAAAGAGCUGUGUGAAGAUGUAGCGUUACUGGACGAAAGAGGAAACACAAUCUUGAGAGUCUCUCGAGACGAAUAUGCAAGGUAGUGUCGAUAGUUAAGUGGGCAGCAGAAAAACCCUGACAAUGGAAAAGUAGCGGUGGAGAGGGAGGUGAACUUUUUGACGUUGGGAGCUUUGUUAUGCUCAUAAGGAAAAAUGUUGUAAUGCCUGUUGCUGAGUGGAAGGCAAGAGUUGUUUACCAUUUACCCAUCCGAUUUGCGAUUUGGGUAAGAAUGUAAAUAGCUCGACCGACCGGGAAAUUUUCAAAGUAAACGGAACGUCUUGGAAGGUAGUCCAAAUUUCCGAGUGGAAAAUGUGAUUACUUUUUGCAACUCUUCACCGCCAUCUUGGAAUUAUAAUUAGGUCGAACUUCACACCAACUACUAUUCACACUAACUACACACAGUGGGGACAUUGCCUUUCAAGUAUGCCGUCAAAUUCCAUGUUUCAAAUGCUACCCCACUUUGAUUAAUGUUCUUACCCUUACGAAUGAUCACUAUUAAAUGUACAGUUUAUUCAGUACGUUGCACUAACUUUUGUGUGGUAUUUUAGACUCGAAGUAUCACUUGAGGCUUCUGAAGCGAAACGAAGAAACUUGUUGACUUGGCACGAACGAGGCGACAUUCUUUAUCAGUGGGUGAACGACAGAUACGUAAUGCUGGGUUCCCGUCCACCCUCCCCUAAGGCAUCGUUCAGGGGAAUAAAAAGGCAAGAAAGCGUUAUUGAGGAUUUAAUUGAAGAAAUGGAAACCAAAGUAGAGGACGUAAACAAAAUUAUCGACGAGGGAAAUCAGAUUAUCGACGACGAUUCCGUGCCUGAGAAGGAAAGGAAAGUAGUCCACGAAAAGAUGAUUGCGCUACAUGACGAGUGGAACAGACUAGCCACUUUGACCUCUGGCAGACAACUAAUUGUGCAAGUUCUUCUGCUUAAAAAGGAACAGAGCUAUGAUGCCCAAGACUUGAGAAGAAAGAGAGAUUCUCUCAUGAUUUGGAUUUCAUCGGCAGAAAAUAAGCUGAACACUCAGUUUCCGAUUUCACAAGAUCUUGACACCGUUACAAAACAAAAAUAUGAUCUUGAGGAUUUCAUCAAAGAAAUGUUAUCUCAACAACGCGAACUCGACGAUACUCUGGAGACUGAAGACAAAUUGUUGAAAGACUCAGAUCUUCCAGAAGACGACAGGACCGCGAUACAGAAAGAAGUCCUGGAUCUUAGCUACCGGUGGAAGAAUCUAGAGGAGUUAGUCUCGACGAAAACUGGAAGAAUCGAUGAAACCUUCCAGAAACUCAGGAUUCAGGAAGAAGACGAACUUCGGGAAUGGCGUGAGGGCCUGGAUGAAGUCAACGGAUGGGUAAUAGUCAAGAUUAACUCGCCAACGAGACUUGCUCCUGAGAUGACGGAGAGCACAGCCAGUUUAAGUGGUUGCCAAUGAGUGUCCAUCAGUGGCCAUUACUUCGAAUAGAUUACAGCUUAGACUUAUAACUUUCCUGUUAAGCUAAGACAGAGAGUUGUGUCACUGGAACUGAAAAUGACGAUGCCUAUACCUUUUUUAAUAAGCGCUGGAAGGACGGUUUUUGCAAUACUGUAUCAGAGUGGCAACGCGUCAGGAGUGGCCAGGGAAAAAAUUCCUCCAGGUCAAGGAAAGCUCAGGGAAUUAUAUUUUGAGUUAGCGAAACUGAAUUGAACCUUUGCAUAAUAGUCAGGCUAAACUGAAAUAUUACCUGGGUGGAAAGAGGCACUGUGAUAGUAAAGUGUAUUGCCCAAGCACAUAACACAAUGAUCCCGGCGUAGCAGGGGCUCUAACCUGGACCGCUGGCUCCGGAGUACAGCGCGUUAGCCAUUAGGUGAUCUCACCUCCCUCCCCGGCGCCCCCCCCCCCGGCGAAAUUUAGGCCCCUAAGCUCAGCCCCUUUAUUUGUUAGCUGUCGAGUCAAAAUUGGAGAUAAAUCCUGACCAAUUUCCAGACUGAAAAUACGCCAUUCUUAAUAACAGUUUCAGACUGACUGUUUACAUUUCUAAUGAAGUAAAUCCCUCCACUUACCUUUUUCCCCUUAAUCGUUUGCUCAUGACCCCCCCUCGCCGGCGCCCCCCCCCGGCGAAAUUUAGGCCCCUAAGCUCAGCCCGUUUAUUUGUUAGCUGUCGAGUCAAAAUUGUAGAUAAAUCCUGACCAAUUUCCAGACUGAAAAUACGCCAUUUUUAAUAACAGUUUCAGACUGACUGUUUACAUUUCUAAUGAAGUAAAUCCCUCCACUUACC